AUGGUAAAAGCAAGAAAGUAUGUGGUAAAAAACAUUUUCAAGGCCUUCCAAAACGCGACGACUACGAAUCCUUACCUUCAAGUCCACAACCCAUUCCACCAAGUGCCAUACGACCAGUUCAGUUUCCAAGUCGGCACAGUAUUAGAAUCCAAAAAUCCGAAAUUUCCAGCAGACACUAAAGUUGUAUACCAUAAAGGCUGGUGUGAUUAUGGCAUUAUUGAUAAAUUUGAUGAUCCUUUCGAAAGAGUUUACAAACUACCUGAUUUGCGAGGCCUUCCUGAGGAACUGGCUGUGGGCACAAUGGGUAUGACUGGUGUAACGGCAUAUUGCGGCUUUCUUGAAAUAUGUGUACCAAUACCUGGUGAGACUGUAGUCGUAACGGGAGCAGCAGGCGCUGUCGGCUCAAUUGUCGGUCAAAUUGCGAAAAUCAAGGGAUGUAAAGUUAUUGGAUUCGCGGGCUCAGAUGAAAAAGUAUAG